CGGCGGCGGCGGGGCGGCCGCUACUCCCCGGCACCGGCGGGCGGGCGCGGGGCCGCGCUCCGGCUCCAGGCGCGGCCAUGAGGCGGCUGUAGGGCCCCGGGACCCGCCGCCGCUCCGCUGCCUUCGGCCGCCGCGGGGGGCUCGGCGGGGCGCGGCUCUGCUCGGGGGUGGAUGCCGGCCGGGGCCGGCCGCUCCCGGCACCAUGCACACCGUGCAGAAGGACACCACCUUCACCAAGAUCUUCGUCGGGGGGCUGCCCUACCACACCACCGACUCCUCCCUCAGGAAGUACUUCGAGGUCUUCGGGGACAUCGAGGAGGCGGUGGUGAUCACGGACCGGCAGACCGGCAAAUCCCGAGGAUACGGCUUUGUGACCAUGGCAGACAGAGCUGCUGCUGAAAGAGCUUGCAAAGACCCAAACCCCAUCAUUGACGGCAGGAAAGCAAAUGUGAACCUGGCGUAUUUGGGAGCAAAACCAAGGAGUAUUCAAACUGGUUUUACCAUAGGUGUGCAGCAGCUACAUCCAGCCUUCAUUCAGAGACCCUUUGGACUCACACCUCACUAUGUUUACCCCCAAGCCAUCAUCCAGCCCAGCGUGGUGAUCCCCACCCCCGUGCAGUCCAUCACGUCUCCCUACAUCGACUACACCGCCGCCAGCCAAGCCUACUCCCAGUACACCACAGCUGCCUACGACCAGUACCCCUACGCUGCCUCCCCCGCCGCCGGCUUCGUGGGCUACGGCUACACGGGCACGGUGCAGCCGCCGCUCACCGCCGGCAACCCCGCCGCGCCCGCCGCUGCCUUCGUGCAGUACCAGCCGCAGCAGCUGCAGCCCGACCGCAUGCAGUGAGCCCGGCGCGCCAGGACAAUCUCUCACCGUGCAAGGAUGCGGCUAGGACAGCAAAACGACAGGAAAAAAAACCAAUAAAAGGAACAAAACAAACAAAAAAAACCCCACCCCGCCCCGUCCUUUGCUCCCCUCCUUACGUAGGUGCAUAUCGAUACCUAAGCUAUUUAUAGUGUUGAGGGCGAACCCGAAUCCUUGCAGUCUGAUUGUGCUUAUGAAGGUGGACUUCUGGUAAGGGUUGUUAUUUUUUUUUUCUUCCCGUUUUUUGUUUUUUCUUCAACCUGGACAGAUACUGUCUCGAGGAUGUUCUAAAAGCGGCUGAAAUGUUUCACAGGGAAACUACAGAUUCUUGCACACAUUGCGGUCUGCUUCCAUCACCUGUGGUCUUCUUUCUGCCCCCUCCUUCCUUCCUCAUCCAGCCUACAAUCCUCUUAUUUACUGGUGAGGUACAGAGGUACUCGGAGAACAUGGAAAAAAAAAGCAAUCUUAUUUUUUGGUUGUACAAAAACUUUGUAAUACUCAGAGAUGCCUUACAGAAAAAAAAAAAAAGCAAAAGAAAAACUAUUUUUUAAUAUUUAUUGCGAUUUUGUUCGCAUGAGCUGUGAAUUGCAGACAGAAGAAUAGUAGUAAGUAUCUGCCUUGUUUAAUUCUCAUUUUACUAAAUUAUUGUAUGUAGGUAAAAGUUCUUAAGUAAUUGCUGAAUCACUUCAACAUGCAAAAGGGAAUAUUGGCUUUAAGGAGAGCAGAAUAUUCCUUUAGUCAACGCACUGUACUAUUUUCUUAUUGUAAUUGUUACUCUGUUAAGAUUAUCUCAAAUUUAGGUAUAUUUUUAAAUGCAAAAAACCAACCAAGAAUACUGAACACUUUGUCUACUUUGGUAGAUCUUUUGUUACAAUGCUGCAACCUAUGGAGACAUUUACAGUAUUUAUGUAAAAGAGAUUUGGGGCUGUUGGCCAGCAAGGUUUAGGAGAAUAUCAUGAGUGGAGCAAUAGAGAAAAAGGUGUUAUGUCACUGAACAAAUGGGUAAAUGUAACCUUUUUAUGCCUGUAAUCCAACAGCCAAAUAAAGGAAGAGAACAGGCGAUGUAAGUGCAUUUCUACAAAGACAGCAAUAAACUAUUUUAACUUUUAAAAUUA